UGGCCUAAUGGAUAAGGCACUGGCCUCCUAAGCCAGGGAUUGUGGGUUCGAGUCCCAUCUGGGGUGAAGAUAGUUUUUCAUUUAUUUUCGGCGUCUGUCAGCGUUCAUUGUGUCGUUCAGUGUGUGUCUUAUAAACGCACUUUCGGAUUAUCUCGUCUGAGGAUCGCGUUCAGAUUUAUUCAUGUUGUUUUGUCAUAAGGAGACUUUGCACUGACGGAUUUCCCACUUUAUUUUCAGUUUCUGUGCUUCGACUGACUGACCAUCGACACAAACAUGACAAACAACAUUUGUGUUUUAAUUCUCGCUUGUUUUGCAGCAACAGCAAGAAGCGACAAGCUGCUGAAGGCCACGGCGUACUGGGAUUCGACCCAUAAGGCCGUUGUGCUGAAGCAAGGUGUUCUGGACCCGCAGGGUGACGCUUAUGGCUACUAUAAUGACACACUGUCGUCCACGGGAUGGGGUGUGCUGGAGAUCCGCGCCGGAUAUGGACACACGGCAGAGACGGACGACGUCACCAUGUUCAUUGCUGGAUAUAUGGAGGGUUUCCUCACCGCACCGCAGAUUUUCGAUCAUUACACCAACAUGUACCCGCAGCUGAUCCAGAAUCCCAAAACGCUGGUGGCUGUGAAGCGCUUCAUGGCUAAGCAGGAUGAGUGGUCUCGGAGUCAGGUGAAGCGUAACACCACUGAUCCUCUGUGGAUUCACACCGGUCUGAUUCUGGCACAGCUGGACGGGCUGCAGGCAGGUGUGACCGACUGGGCCAAACAACAGGGGAAGCAGCCUCUGUCCCAGUUUGCCAUUCAGUUCCUGAAUGCGGUCGGUGAUCUGCUGGAUCUGAUCCCGGCGCUGGUGCCCGGCGGGGCGUCCCGCAUGAGUCUGUAUAAAGCUCCUCCGAUGGGCCACUGCUCUGCGCUCAUAAAGAUGUUGCCCGGCUAUGAGAACCUGUUGUUCGCUCACUCCAGCUGGUACACGUACGCCGCCACCAUGCGCAUCUACAAACACUGGGACUUCAAGCUGAGCGAACCGCACACGGCCACCGGAAAACUGUCCUUCAGCAGCUACCCUGGGUUCCUGGUGUCUCUGGAUGAUUUCUAUCUGCUGGGCAGCGGUUUGAUGAUGACACAGACCACUAAUAACGUCUUCAACACCUCGCUGUACUCCUACAUCACUGCUGCAAGUCUCUUCUCCUGGCAGAGGGUUCGACUGGCACACGUGCUGGCACAGACCGGAGAGCAGUGGGCACAAACCUUCUCUAGAUACAACUCUGGGACGUAUAAUAAUCAGUACAUGGUUGUGGACGCGAGUAAAGUGCAUCUGGGCAGCAGUCUGGAUGACGGGGCGCUGACUGUGGUCGAGCAGAUCCCGGGACUGGUGGAGUAUUCAGACCAGACGCAGACACUGCGCAGAGGUUACUGGCCGUCCUACAACGUGCCGUUCCACCGUAAGAUCUACGACCUGAGCGGAUACGAGCAGAUGUGGAAGGAGUACGGCGAAGAAUUCUCCUAUGACCUUUGCCCUCGCGCCAAGAUCUUCCGCCGUGAUCAGUCUUCAGUGAGCGACCUGACGACCCUCAAACACAUCAUGAGAUACAACGAUUAUAAGAACGACCCAUACUCGCAGGGCAACCCGUGUAAUUCCAUCUGCUGUCGUAACGACCUGCAGGAGCGUCACGCCAGUCCUGGAGGAUGUUACGACACUAAGGUGACGGAUCUCCGCAUGGCUCAGGGGUUCGUGGCGGAAGCGGUGAACGGCCCGACCACAGAAGGAGGGCUUCCCGUCUUCUCCUGGGAGGCGUUCAACAGCACGGCACAUCAGGGUCUUCCUCUCAGCUACAACUUCAGCUUCGUCAGCAUGCAGCCGCAACUCUUCCAACCCUGAGGAUCGUGGGAUUUCACAUCUGGCCUGCUUUUGAACCGAUUCUCUAUUCGAUGCCUGUCGCUAACACGAAUCUGAGCCCUUCAAUCUGUCGAAUUAGCAUUUAUUUUGAACUCUGAACUCUACAGCUGCCAUUUGACAAUCAGUCCAGGACUGAUUCCGUCUCCUUUGAUUGAAAGAUUGAGGAAGGUUAAUCGUAAUGCUUUAGUGCACACUGUGUGUUUAUUACUGUAGAAGCCCAUUUCAUGCUUUGGUGAAUCACAAAAAAGGUCAAAAUUAUGACAUAUUUAUGAGAUGAAAAGUUGACAUUAUGACAAAAAGUCAUCAUUAUGAGAUAAAUGAGACAUAAAUAUGACUUUUUAUGAAAUGGAAAAAUAGAAAUUAGAAAGAUUAUGAAUUGUCAGUCAUGACUGUCAUAAUUUUGAUUUAAGUCAAAAUUUUGGCAUACUAAAUAUUAUGACAUUAAACAUCUAAAUUAAGACAAACUAAGUCAUAAUUAAGCCAGAUUAUUGAGCUUGUAAGUCAACAAUGACUUGGUAUGGCAUAAUUUUGACUUGUGUAAUAAAUGACUUACGUCAUAAUUUAGACCUUUUUGUCAUAAAUAUGUGAAUUUCAACUUUUUGUCAUAAAUAUGACUUAGUAUGUCAAAUUCUGACAUUUUAUUUCAUAAUUUUGACUUUUCAUCAUUUUCCCUUUUUUUUUUUUUUUUGUCAAUUUUGACAUGUCUGUCAUAACAUUUAUGACAUAAAAUGUCAAAAUUGUGUGAAUUUCAACUUUUUGUCCUAAAUAUGACUUAGUAUGUAAUAAUUUUGGCUUUUCAUCUUAUAAAUGACGUCAUAAUUUU